AUGGCACGAAGGCUGUCUGAGAUGACAGAACAAGCCAUGCUGGAGGGGGGACGCUCUGCGCGCAAGAACAUGGAACAGGCGGGGUUCUCGGAAGACCUGAAGAAAGAGUUGGAGGAGCGAAUCGCUGCCAGCGCCUUCAAGAGUGAGCAUGCCACUGCUCAUUCCAUCGUGGACAUGCCGGAGAGCGCAGGUCAAGGAACUCGCGACAUUGCCGGAGCUCAACCCUGGGGCGGAUCGGAAAACCUUCACGACGUUACGCUCCGGAUGUUGGAUAGCUCGAAGAAGCCGCUUCGUACGCCUUAUAAAAUCCCUCAGCCGAAUCCCGUCGACAUGAGAAUAUCCCCGAAGCCCAAGAAAUCGCCCGGCCUCCGUCUCGCCGAGGCCAAAGAACGCACCUCGACAUAUACGCUGAGUCAAAGUCCCGGGGUAUCGGAUCAUGAGCGUGAAGCUAUGCGGAAGGAGAUGCGGGAAAGAUUCACCCCGGGUGCCCGUCCGAUGCCCGUCACAAUCCAAGGGCUGACAUCGCUUGCGAACGAACGGAUAGAGGAUGCAAUCGCUCGAGGCCAAUUCGACAAGAUCAAGCGAGGGAAAGGUAUCAACACCGAGACGGAUCACAAUGCAAAUAACGCAUAUAUCGACACCACCGAAUAUUUCAUGAAUAAGAUGAUCCAGAAACAGGAGCUCGUGCCGCCGUGGAUCGAGAAACAACAGGAAAUAGCAAGAGAGGUUGGCCGGUUUCGCGACCGUCUCAGAACGGAGUGGAGGCGGCAUGCUGCCAGAAAAAUUGCUAGCCAUGGAGGAUCUCUUGAGGCCCAGAUGAGACGAGCGCAAGCGUAUGCUGCUGCGGAGGCUCGCCUGGUUGAAAAGGCCAAAACAGAGAAAUCGUUUCAGGAUGGCGGUGGUUCUGAAGCUUCUUCGGUUGAACUGGAAAGCAAUCUUUCUGAAAUCUCCGCCUCCUUGGCCGAAGAGGACCCCAAUGCCUCGGCGCCAGAGACCUUGAAUACCCCUGAUACGGAAGAUGCUAGCCGUCUACCGCAUCUACCACCAUUUCGAGACCCAGAGCAUCUUGCAAUUGAGCGCUCAUUCUACGAGCUCACAAUCAAGAACCUCAACACACUUACCCGUUCGUAUAAUCUGCAGGCGCCGCCGGUCGCUCAGAAGCCGUACAUGAACUUGGAACGCGAGCUCUCGGCAUGUUACGCCGACGUAGCUCCCAGUUUGGCAGAGGAGAUUAAGAGACGGGCAACCGAGAGAGCCCGCACUCCCGAAUCGGUGGGUUCGAAGGCCAAUGGAUUGCUUGACUCCCUCAGCACGUCACCCACUGUCAACGUGUACGAGGAGGACCAGGCGAAAGGCUACGGGUUCAAACAAUUUUGGCGGGACAUGUUUUCAAAGAAGGAUUAG